AUGUCUGGACACUCUUAUCCAUCACACGGGCCUAUGCCUAUUCCCAACAAUCCGAGUACGAAUUUCGCCCCUCCGCCACUGCCCCCACCGCCGCGUAUUAGUGAUCUCGAAGACGGCUACGACGCUGGCUGGUUACAUGCGAAUUCCCGAGGAACAACAAAACUCGCCCCCAUCAACCCUAGUUCAAGUCUGUUUGGUAGCCACCGCCGCCCGGAUUCCGUGUCGCUAAGUGAUCGAAUGGCCCUGGACGAUUUAGACGGCCGGCAGAGCGGUCUUACUAUUUCCAGGAGUCCGGAAGCACACAUUCGGAUUGAACCUCCACCGCCCAUGGAAGAAGGUUUUCGAAACGCUAUUACUAUCAAAAGCCCCAGCCCGAUCUUGAAGGGUGAGCGAGAUUUCUCGCGCCGAAGUGUCAAAGAUUCGUCAGACGCGUACGAUCAGCAUUUGUUGUCGAAAAUCGGGAAACCACUUUCCCCGCGUCAGUCGAUCAGUGGUGGAAGCGAACCUAGAGGCACCUUGUCAACGCUCACCAUCCCUACCAGAAAUUUUGGGGGUAUCCCCUCUCCUGGAGGCUCGGACAGCUCGACUCUCGACGUAAGGUGGCCCGGAAGCUAUCAAUCAGGCGGAGUCUCGCCAGGUACCAAGGUUGGGUGGAGGGAUUAUAUUGGGGGCCGAAGCCCCAGUGUCGAGAGUAGCGCUCCUUCAUCAGCAGUGGAUUUCGAUCAUUCAGGGUAUGCGCGGGAUGUAUACCGCCGUCGCGGUGGAACAACGCCCCAAUAUGAUGAAACCAUCAGUCUUCCCAGCCGUUCAAAUCGAGGUAGCUACGACCAUGGCGUUUUUUCGGAUAUCGAAGGGGAUUUCUCAACGGACGAUUCGCUACCGUCUCGCAUGUUUUACCUCCGUGAAGCCACACCGCCGUAUUCAGAUGCUUCGAAAUCCGGCAUGAAACGAAGAGCAUCAUCUCCUCCUCGCGAGCCGAUUGGUGACGAUCGACACAGACUUCACAUUAUUACCAGCAAUGGGGAUCUCACUCAACGACGAACAAGUGGUCAACCAUACACAAAUAAUCUGACGAUCAGCCCUGGUUAUGCUGCCAGUCACGGGAGUCAUUCUGCGGCUUCUUCGUUGAGUCUACGAACCACCGGGUCCUACUCGUCGGCAGGCCUCUCUGCAGGAGCAAGCAGUAUGACCAGCUAUGACCGACCGUCUCCUGGAGGGCUUUCACCUAACUCUGACCUUGACACCUUUCACGACAAGUCGAUACUGAAUUCGACUUCGCCUGCCCACUUGACUACUCCACCCGUUGCACGAGUCAUCCAAGGACCUAGCAUUAUUGAACCGUCGAGUGUUGAAACGGCGCGCAAAAUGUCUCUACAAACGAAUCAUCCUCCACCCAAACCAACGGGGCCCAAACUUGGCGGACUGUAUAUUUGCGACUGCUGCCCUAAGAAGCCAAAGAAGUUUGAUAGCCCCGAGGAGCUUCGUACACAUGAGAUGGAAAAGCAAUAUUCAUGCCUAUACUGCAACAAUCGAUUCAAGAACAAAAACGAGGCCGAACGCCAUCAGAACUCACUUCACCUGCGACGCCACUCGUGGUCAUGUGCGGCUCUAUCGAGCUAUCAAGCGGCAUUCCAUCCGUCGUCGAGCUCGGCGCAAACCGGCGCCGGCCCGUCACAUGACACGUGCGGCUAUUGCGGCGAGGAGUUUCCCAAUCACCCUCAGCCAGAUUGGGAUCGCAGAUUCGAACAUCUCACCGCCGUACAUAAAUUCGGCGAAUGCAACAAUGCGAAGAAGUUUUUCCGUGCAGACCAUUUCCGGCAGCAUCUUAAGCACAGCCAUGCGGGCACGAGUGGCAAGUGGACAAAUAUCCUGGAAAAUGCAUGCAUGAAGGAAGAAGCUCCACCAGAGCCCAAGAAUGGAGGCACGCUUGUGUCCAACAAGAUCAACGAGGUUCUUAGUGGUUGCUGA